AUGUUCUCCUCUAUAAAGCACAAGCUCAGUCGCAAGGGCACCAACCCCAUCUCACGAAGCGCCAGCAUGAAGCCAGAAGCGAAUUCACAUCCUCAGGUCAACGCAUCACCGACGACUAGGCGGCCGGCGCCAGGCGCGAACAACCCAUUCCAAAGCCCUGGCGAUGCGCCGCCAGCAUAUUCUCCUGCGCCAAAUGCGGCGCCCAUACCGCAAGUGACGGUGUCGCAGCCCAGUCAAACCGCCGACGACCAUUACGCAUUCCUGACGAGUUUCGACACCAUCUUCCUCAUCGACGACAGCGGAUCGAUGGCUGGUGGUCUUUGGCGCGAGACUGGCCAGGCGCUCGAAGCUAUUACUCCGAUUUGCACGGAGCAUGAUGCUGAUGGGAUUGAUAUUUACUUCCUCAAUCACGGCGACUCGCCGUUCCACCACAACGUCACGACCUCCGGCACCGUCCGCGAGAUAUUUCAAGUGGUUCGCCCCGGUGGAGGAACACCCACCGGCCAACGCCUCAACGCCAUCCUCCGCCCAUACUUGCAAAAGUACGCCAAAGCCCCGGAAACCACCAAACCCAUCAACAUCAUCUGCAUCACCGACGGCGAACCCAGCGACGACGUCGAAAGCCCCCUCAUCCAAGCCGCCAAGAAACUCGACAAGCUCGAUGCGCCCGCCUGGCAAAUCGGCGUGCAAUUCUUCCAAGUCGGUCGCGAUGAGAAGGCGAAAGCUCAUUUGAAGCAGCUGGACGAUGAGCUGGCGGAAAUUGCGGGCGAUGACGAUCUGAGGGACAUUGUGGACACCGUGCCUUUCACAGGCGAGGAGGGAACACAAUUGACUGGUGACGGUAUCCUCAAGGUCGUGCUCGGCGCGGUGAAUCGGAGGUUGGACCGGAAGAAGAGUAAAGAUCUUCAUCGGUAG